UCUCUUGUGUUCGUUGCUUUCUUUCUAUCUACCUUCGCCUAUGGCACUCAUCCUUUCUAAUACUUCUGAUGUUCGAAGGGCUCCGGUUGCUCCUUUGGAGCUGGAAAAUGCCAUCAGGCCUCCCACAAAUGUAUACACGCAUUGGAAUCCUUGUCCUGCCACCAUCCUUUCUGUAAGGAAGAUUAAUUCAGGUCAUGUUAUUGAUAAGACGGUUUACGAAAUCGUAUUUGAUCAUCAUGGCGAUCUUUCUUACUGGGAGGGACAAGCUUUCGUGGUUAUAUGUCAUAAUCCUGAUGAUCCGAAUGUACUAGAGCCUAAGACUGUCUUUGCUGCUUCCUCAAGGUAUGGAGAUUACUUUAACGGCAAAACAGCUACCAUAAUCGUGCCUCUUGACAAAAAUGACAAGACCUUGAAGUAUUUAUGCAUGAAAGCAAGGCGUAGAGAUCAUCUUCAACUUGUAGGACCCUCCUUCGAGGCCACACUUUUGGGAGAUUACAGUCCCACUGCCACUCACAUAUUUGUGGCCAAAUCUGGGGCUGCCAUUGCUCCCUUCAGAGCCCAUCUUCGUCAUUUCUUCAAAGAGGAUAUUCCUUUAUUCAAAUUUGCUGGCCAAGUGUUGCUGUUCUAUGGGGUGGAGGACGAUCUCGAUUCUCGAGUUUACAAUGACGAAUUCAAGCAGUACGAGCAGGACUACCCACGAAACUUCAACUACAAAUACUUCAACCACCUUUUGCAACGACAAGGUGAAUUUUUUUAUGUAUUUCAACUCGUUGUUCAUAGCGGAGCUUAUAUAUAUCUGGUUGGGCCUCAGAGCAUGGUGGAUGAGGUUGAAGCCGUUUUCAGGAGUAUUGGCGAUCAGAAUACGUGGGACGGAAUAAAAGAUGAUCUAAUAAAGAAGAACCAAUGGCGCGUACAAGUCUACGAUUAUUGAUAUUCAUGCAUAUAUAUAUAUAACUAUCACAGUUUUAGUUAAUUAACAUGGGCGUGGGAAUAAAUAAUUAAUCAUAAUCUUUACAAUAUUACGAUACUGUGGAAAAUAAAAGAUAUUUAAGUACGUCUUGUUAUAUAAUUAAGGUUUUGUAUACGUUACAUACCUACGUAUACGUUUGUUUGUUGAAUAAUAAUGAA